UGCAAGGGUUCUUGUUGCAAUGUAGCAUGUAAGCCAUACGAAGGCCCGCUGGAGCAAGCCUCAUUCACAGACUUCGAGCGGCGCUAGUUUCAAAGUUGGCUAAGGUUCUCGAAUGCCGGGAAGCGGAGAUUGCCGAGGAAGAGAGUUUGCAUAUAUAGAUUUAGAAAAGAACUUUGUCGUAGGAGUUUCUCCCCGCCGAUGGCGCCAUAACCAGCAUGAAAUGGGAUCAGGUCAACGUCGCCAGGCUAUAUGAGCAUUUCCAAUGAACUCAACGGGACAUAAAUUUGGCUAAAGAAAAUAUGUAUCUACGCGUCGUCAAAUCAACUUAUAUCACGUUCCAAAACUGAGUUAAUGAAGAAACAAUAACACGUCAAUGAUGUUCCAGAACAAGUCUUCGAUUUGCUCUCGUAGCAACGCGGCACAAACAAAUCAUCUGCGAACAGGAUUGCAUCCUUCGUGUGAUUGUCCACUGUAUCUCCGUGAUUUGUUGCCAAAUAUACGCGAUUUUCUCGGUCUGAUAAAAUGGCACAGUCGACUUCAAGUACUUGCCCGUCCGAGAAAGCCUUAAGAAAGGAGCGCUUGGCCAGGUCCACUCACGUGAGUCAACUCGUGAGUAGUUUCGAGGCUCUGACCAGCCAACCUUGUAUGACUCCCGUUCAGUCACUGCCUGAUGCCGAUGAAGUCCUCAGCAGAAGUUCAAUUCAAGAACUGAAGGACAAGCUCCUGGGGAAGACGAGGUCCACUCCUUCCGAGACCAUUGUGGUUUCAGUCCGACCACAGAAGCCGACGCGUACCAAGAGUCUGAAUGACGCAGCUACAGAGUCGGAGAGUACAAAGAAGCCACAGAAACCUCCGCGCACCAACUCUCUGGCUGACAGAGACGGCCGCAUCGCUGUUGAGGUGAGGCAGGAAGAGUUGCUCCGCACCCUUGUUCUGGGUGACACGACUGCCCACGCGACGGUUACCGUGAAGUCAGGCCGUACCCCUGCUCUGCCUGACGCGGCUGUCUUGGUUCCCGCGAAGCUAGUGGAACCAGCCCCGUCCCAGCCUCUGGCCGACGCAGCCGCAAGUCCCACAGAAAGCACUCCCGUCCUCCAGCCACCACCUAAGCCCGCCAGGUGCAAGGACUUCGUGCUCUACAGAAACAACGUUGGUCACUUCGGGUUUUCCCUUCUCACCACGUUGACUCCCGACUUGGAACCAGUUCACGUGGUUUUUCAAGCUGCCGACAGCAUCGCAACCCUGCCAGUUGGCAGGCUGGUCUCAGUCAACUACCUGCCCGUGCAAGGGAAGACGGCUUCCGAGCUGUACGAGAUGUUCAACAGAUCUCCAGAGUCCGUUCGGCUGAGAAUCCAGCAGCUGUACUUUCCGCUAUCGGUCGUACAGGGCAUGGUGGAAGACCAAACCUCACCCGUCACGUACAAAGAGCACGUGGAGUACCGCAGGCAGCAACGUCUUCAUCCUGCCAAGGAGUGGAUGAAACGGAAGGUUCGAGGACUCGUCUCUGCAGUUUCCCGGUGUCGUGUUGCGAUCAAAUCGUGCUGGCGAUGAUUCUAUAGCAGCACAGACAUUUUAUAUUUAUGAAAUUGUGUAUAUAGACAGAUUUUUAUAAUGUAUGAAUUCUAUGAUGUUUAUUUGAACAACGGUGUGAACAUUUUCGAUAGAGAUGUAAGUAAAAAAAAAAAUCUCAUCCAACUGCCACGCGUGAUGUUCCUGU